CAUAUGUUGUUGUUGAAAUGAUGUUGUUUCUGUUUAGUUGAAUUCGUCAUUUGAUUGACUUUAAAUUCUAUUGAUUAUUUGAUUGUGUUAAACUGAUCGAUUGUUGAUCAUGUCAACGGAGAAAAGAGUUCGUUUCCAAGAGACUGGAGAGGAAGAUGAGGUCGAAUCGAAACCUGGUUCAGCUCCUUUUGGUAAGAAAUUCAAACAUUCACUUGACAGCGAUGAAGAAGAUGAUGAAGUGGAUUACGAGAAAUAUAAUGCUCUGGAUCCAUCGGAAUUCCAAGAUGGAGACAAAGAGAGUCACGCAAGAGUCGAAGAUGACAUUAAAUUCACCGCUUUCAACAUGAACGAGGAAAUGGAGGAAGGACAUUUCGACAAGGAUGGAACUUACAUUUUCCGUAAAGACAAAGAUGAAAUUAAAGACGCUUGGGUUCAAGAUAUUGACAACUGUAAGAUCGCCGAUGUGUCCAAAAUCCAACAGCCCGAAUCUGACGAAGACUCGAAAGAUGCGUCACCCGUUAAUACGACCUCCAUUUAUAGGAAAAUGUUGACAAUGAUGGAGAAAAAUGAAACCGUUGGGAAAGCGAUUCGUAGGAUUGGAUUAUCGAUUAAGGAGAUGAGGACAAAGAAAAGGAAAGAUAAAAGUUCACAAUUAAGUGAAAACAUUUCGUCGACAACUAAAAAAUUAGACCAAUUAACUGAAUUAGCUGAUCAAUUAGUGAUUGGAAAAGAUAUGGAUAUUUACGAGAAAAAGUAUGAGCAGAUUGAAGAGUUAAUCAAUGAAAGAGAGUCUGAUAUGUUUGCAGAUGAUUGAUAAACAAUUAGAAAACUAAUUUAUUCAAACUAAUCAAAUUUACGCCUAAAUUGUUCUCACUCAUCCAAAUCUUUUGUUAAUUAAUUCCAAUCAAUUGAUAUGAGAUUCAUAAAAAGUUCAUUUUGUAUAAUUUGCUUUCCUUUCAUUGCCUUAAUAAAUCACCACAAUUACAAUCAAUAA